AUGGAUCAAAGACCUCUGGGAUUGCUAACGAUUCACGUCAAAAGAGGGAUUAACCUCGCGAUUCGCGACGCCAGAAGCAGCGAUCCUUAUAUCGUUAUCACCGUCGGCGAUCAGACGUUGAAGACACGUGUGGUGAAAAGAAACACCAAUCCAGUAUGGAAUGAAGAAAUGACUGUUGCAAUCAAAGAAACCAAUGUCCCAAUCCGCUUGACAGUGUUUGACUGGGACAAAUUCACUGGGGAUGACAAAAUGGGAGAUGCAAACGUGGACAUACAACCAUACAUAGAGGCACUGAAAAUGGGGAUGGAGCUUUUGAGGCUUCCUAAUGGAUGUGCGAUCAAAAGGGUUCAACCAUCGAGGCACAACUGUUUGUCGGAUGAGAGUAGCAUCGUGUGGAACAAUGGUAAGAUCACACAAGACAUGAUCCUUAGGCUUAACAAUGUCGAGUGCGGCGAGAUUGAGAUCAUGCUUGAAUGGCAUGAAGGUGCUGGUUGCAGAGGUGUGACUUCUUCCAAAGGUGGCUCUUCUUCCGCUACAUAA